GCCACUUCGGCUCCAGAAUCGAAGUUGUCCACGAAUAGGCAACAAGGGGCACUCAAGCCGAAACCGUACCGGCCUCCCAAUCAUACAUAUUUCAGUGGUUGAGCGUACAUUUUGCCCGGUCCAUUGAGGGAUUUGUUGAUGCAGCUCUCCAGUUCCGCCGAGGAGCUUGAACCUUUGGUCGGACAGCGUGACGAUGAAGUGGCCAACGCUAUCAGGGUCACUGUCCUUGCUGGGGGCAUCGGCAUCCUCGGAUCCGCCGCGACCGAACUAAUCGUUUUCACACUUGACAAGAUCGAUGCGGACCCGACUGCCUUUUCCGAAACUGAAACCGUGUAUUGCCAGUGCCUUUUGUGGAUUGGCUGGUGUUUGGCAUCAUCCACGUACAUGCUCGUGAUCGAUAGGUUCGGCCGUAAGGCUCCUUGCUACACGUUGGCUCUAAUCGCAAUAAUCGCCGGCAUAGCUAGCACGCGGGCCACACAAGUUUGGUUCUACGGUGUGGCGAUGUUCGUGGUAGGCUACACGCUGCCACCCUCAGGUCAGAUAGGCUUCCUGCUUGUCCAGGAGACGGUGGUGGAGCGCCUGAGGCCUGCCUGCCAGAUCGCAUGGCUCAUGUGCUACAGCCUCGGACUCAUCAUCAUGGCGGUUCUCUGCUGGACGGUGACCGCUUCGAUGAACUGGCGCCUGGAGACCGCCCUGUGGUAUCUGCCGAUGCUGGUUAUUGUGCUGAUGGGUAUAGUAUUUGCCAGCGAGUCCCCAGCCUACACGACGCGGGACAAAGGGAGCGCGGCCACGGCGGAGGCCGCGCAGGGGGAAGGCUGGAGCGAGCUGCGCAUACUUCUCGGCGAGGGGUUGUGGAGGACCACGGCCCUCACUUGCGUCUGCUGGACGGGUGUGUGUGCGAGCUACUACGGGCUGUCCUAUUCAUCCGAGAACCUGUCCUCGAACGUGUACCUCAACAUCAUUUUGUUCUCCGCGGUGGACAUCGUCUCCUGGGGCCUCACCGGGCCCACGCUGCUCUGGGCCGGCAAUAAGGACUCGCAGGUGUACGGCUUCCUGGGCUCGGCGGUGUCUCUGUUUCUUGCCGCCAUGAUGCCCACGGGCUCGGCACUGGAGGUAGGGUGCGCGCUGGCUGCGCGGCUCUGCCUCAACCUGGCAUGGAGCACGGUCUAUCUCCUCAUCUGGAGGUGCUUCCCGCCCCACUGCCGGUCCGCGGCGAUUGGGGUGUCGAACGGGGUGGCCAGGCUCUUCACCUCUGCUGCGCCUCUCUGUGCCCUGGUGCCAACGGGCCUCUCCUACAGCGUGCUCGCGGCACUGUGCGGGGCCGCGAUGGUGGCCACCUGGCUGCUGGACUUGCCGCCGGGAGCCUGCGAGGCGCCACCUCUCGCGCGCGCGGAGGAGGGACAUGCUAAGGCGAAGGCCGUCUCCUGAGGCUGGCUCAAUGCGUCGGCUCCCCUCCCGUGCCACAGGAGACGGCGAGGAGGCGGGGAAGGGCCGAGAAGGGGACGAAAAGCCCCGCAAAGCACCCAAGACACCCCCAGGCUGAGGUUUCAGUCUACACCCUGGAUAUGUUAAAUUCGUUAUGUUUUAGUCGAUCCUCUCCAAUCCGAGGGGGUGGGCCGCCUCUGCUGCCUGGGGCUCUGCCGGGCGCAGCUGUGCCAGCUGCUAGGCGAGAGGCGUCCUCCAGCGCCGCCGAGAUGGGUGCACAACAGCGAAUACUUUGGCAGUGCGCAGGAAGGUGGAGGGAGAGGGUACCCUUGGAUGCUCUGUGCCUUUUGGCUGGCGGAGGGUCUCAUGCUCUUGGAUGAUGUUUUUCUG